AUGGCUGCCGAUAUGGAUACCCAGCGCAAGCUGGCUCGCAUACUGCUCAUUGAGCUCAUGGCAUACCAAUUUGCCUCCCCAGUACAAUGGAUUGAAACGCAGGACGUAAUCCUCUCUCGCAGGGAGUGCGACAAGAUCGUCGAAAUCGGGCCCACUCCGACACUCGCGGGCAUGUUUCAGCGAACCCUCAACAGCAAGUAUCAGAGUCAGGAGUGCACUAGAUCUACACCUCGACGACUCUUGAAUUCAGAGAAGGACACCCAAGAAGUCUAUUUCGAAGACCGCCCUGGUGCCCCUGAUGUUAAAUCCAAGGAAAGGACAAAGGACGCAGCAAAUACAGCUACCAUACCAUCACCUGCCAAAACAGAAGUGGCUCCGGUAGCGCAACCAGAGACUGUAUCGGCUCCGAAACCGAAGCCGACAACAAUAGAAAUUGAGGACGAAGGGGUAAAGGCACAGCUGAUUGUGACCGCGAUAGUGUCACGAGCGCUUAAGAAGUCGCCGUCCGAUGUUGACUGGACUAAGACUAUCAAAGUUCUUGCUGGUGGGCGCUCAACGUUGGAAAAUGAGGUUGUUGGAGAUCUCCAUGCAGAAUUCGGCUCGCUCCCAGAACGCGUCGAAGACACACCUCUGGCUGAAUUGUGGCAGGCGAUCCAGGCAAGCCAUAGCGGAAUGCUUGGGAAGGUUUCCACAGGCAUGAUUAAUUCGCUUUUCACUUCCGAAUUACCCAGUGGCUUCACCACCGCCGCCGCGCGAGAUCGACUCAAAUCCCAGUGGGGUCUCAAACAAGGAAGACAGGAUUCCUGUUUACUCCUUGCGACGACAGAGGCGCCUCCAACACGAAUUUCAUCUAUAUCCGACGCAAAGACCUUUAUUGAUGGCGUCGUGGAGAGCUAUGCUUCGAAAAAUAGUAUUCCUUUACGCACAUCUCAUCCGUCUGCGGACGGAGCCUCGGCUUCUAAUAUCAUGGUCGACCCUGAAGCGCUUAGAGCGAUGUCUGAGGCCCAGAAAGCGGUGUCAAGACAGCUCCUUAAUAUUUAUGCAUCUCAGCUCGGCCUGGACCUAGGCGCGGAUCGACGUGCAUUAGACGCUCUCCAACACGACAUCAAGACCGGGAUGCAAUCAGAGUUGGGUCUCUGGACGGAGGAGCAUGGGGAAGACUACGCCAACGGUAUUAAGCCACGUUUUGAUUCCCGCAAGGUCCGCAUGUAUGAUUCGGCAUGGAAUUGGGCCCGUCAGAGGCUUCUCGAGUUGUUCGAUCUAGUGACUCCAGUGCAGCGUGGGGACGAAGUCACACUCGACCAAGGGAAUGUCCUUGAAGCCUGCUACGCAAUUGCCAACGCGGCAGAUGAGACACUUCUCCAUGUAAUCAAUGAGAUGCUGGCCAAGCUAGGAAAUUCUGCAGUUCCGCGCCCCAUCUUUACUGAUCUAAAGGCUCUGUGCAAGCAUGUGCUGGAGUUCGGGCCACUAUUCAAAGGAUCCCCCAAGCAGAUGGCGCCAUUCACAACUAUCGACACAGACGGGACGAUGCGAUAUUUUGAGAAGGAACGUGAAGAUAGAAUCUCUUUUGCCCAGCUGGCAUCGCCGACAUCCGAGGCCGAUGCUCUUCCCUUUAUUCACCUCAGGGAAAAAAGGGGAGAUGCAUGGUACUACAGUCGAACAUUGACCGCGAAAUUUCAGGAUGCGCUCAGUUUGGUGCACGACCGGGGUUCGUCCUUCAAUGGGCAAACUGUGCUGAUGACGGGAGCGGGAAUUAGUUCAAUCGGAGCUGCGAUGAUUCGGCACUUCCUACAGGGGGGAGCCAGAGUCGUUGUCACAACAUCCUCUCUGUCCCCUGAGGCGGCCAAGAUAUAUCAGAGUAUCUACAUGGACCACGGUGCCAAGGGCUCUCAACUCAUUGUUGUCCCAUUCAACCAAGCUAGUGUGAAGGACAUCAAUUCGUUGAUUGAGUACAUUUAUUCACAAGGUGGUCUCGGCUGCGACAUAGAUUACUUUAUCCCUUUUGCUGCAAUUAGUGAGGCUGGGCGACGACUCGACUCCAUUGACUCUAAAUCAGAGCUCGCCCACCGUUUGAUGCUCACAAACGUGCUACGUUUGCUGGGCACCAUCAAGACCUGCAAGGAAAAGUACCAUUGUCAUACCAAUCCCACCCAUGUCAUCUUGCCUUUGUCUCCCAACCAUGGAACUAUUGGUGGGGAUGGCCUAUACGGUGAGUCAAAAUUGGGGCUAGAGACGCUGUUCAAUCGGUGGCAUUCAGAAGAUUGGCAGGACUACCUGUCCAUCUGCGGUGCCGUCAUUGGUUGGACAAGAGGAACAGGUCUAAUGAACCAAAAUGAUCUCAUCGCAGAGGGCAUCGAGGCGGCUGGCAUGCGGACCUUUUCUCAGGAGGAGAUGGCUUAUGCUCUGGUCUGCCUAUGUGUGCAGGAAAUGACUGAGCUAUGCCAGGAGAGGCCCCUUUACGCUGACCUAACGGGCCGAAUGGCAGAGGUGCAGGGACUCGGAGAAAAGCUGCAAGCGUUGCGUCAGGAGCUCAAGGAAAGAAGUGAAAUACAAGCUGCGCUUCUCGCAGAAUCGAUACUAGAGCAGCAAUGCUCGACUACCGGCCAAUCUUCCCGACCGAGCACCGGCUCGGACCGACUCGAGCAGAGAGCCCAUGUGCGCCUGGACUUCCCCAAGCCGCUUGACUACGAUCAGGAUAUCCGCACUCUUGGCUCAGACCUCCAUGGAAUGGUGGACUUGGAUCGAACCGUAGUGGUGACAGGGUUCUCGGAGUUAGGGCCCGUAGGAAAUGCUCGCACACGAUGGGAGAUGGAGGCAUAUGGCCAAUUCUCCCUCGAGGGCGCCAUUGAACUAGCCUGGCUCAUGGGGUACAUCAGCCACUUUGCCGGAACCAUCGAUGGAGCUCCCUACUCCGGGUGGGUGGAUACUACGACGAAAAAGCCCGUUGCCGAUAUCGAUGUGAAAUCAAUCUACGAGGAAAGGAUCUUGACUCAUACAGGGAUUCGGCUAAUCGAGUCAGAACGAAAGCCUUUCCUGCACGAGAUUACAUUGCAACAAGAUUUGGAACCCCUGGAUAUGCCUGAGUCGCUCGCCGAGCAGAUGAAAUUGGAACAUGGAGAGUUCGCUGCAGUUCAACAAUCGACAACACCAGAUCUAUUCACAGUACAGCUUCGCAAGGGCGCUAGACUCUAUAUCCCUCGCGCAAUGCAAUCAACUCGAAUCGUCGCCGGACUCAUACCGGAUGGCUGGGAUCCACGUGUUUAUGGAAUCCCCGAGGAAAUUGUUUCUCAGGUCGACCGGGUUACGCUCUUCACACUGGUGUGUACGGUUGAAGCGCUGCUGUCCUCCGGGAUUACUGAUCCGUAUGAGCUUUAUCAAUACAUCCAUGUGUCCGAAGUAGGAACAUGUAUCGGCUCAGGGCUUGGAGGUGCCACUUCUCUAAACAAAAUGUUCAAUGGGCGCCAAAGCACUCACGACGUUCCGAAAGAUAUCCUACAAGAGACUUUCAUCAAUACCACAGGAGCUUGGGUCAAUAUGCUUCUACUGUCGGCAAGUGGACCCCUUCGCACGCCAGUCGGGGCGUGUGCCACUGCUAUCGAGUCCCUAGAAUUAGGGUAUGAUACUAUCGUUACCGGUAAAGCUCAGUUCUGCUUGGUCGGCGGCUGUGAUGAUUUUACGACAGAGACCUCUCAGGAGUUUGCCAACAUGAAGGCGACUAGCAACGUCGAGGAAGAAAUCGCCAAAGGUCGAGCUCCUCACGAAAUGUCCCGACCGACCACCAGCACCCGCAGCGGCUUUGUGGAAUCUCAGGGUUCCGGACUCCAGGUGCUCACAACGGCGGCACUGGCGCUGAAAAUGGGCUUGCCGAUUCGAGGCAUCAUUGCUUUUACCAGCACAUCUAGCGAUAAGGCUGGCCGCUCGGUGCCAGCUCCUGGAAAGGGGGUACUUACCAACGCCAGGCACAUUCCCUCAAGGGUACCAUCGCCUCUUAUGAACAUCCGCAAUCGCCGGAAGCGGUUGGACUUCCGCCUCCGCCAGAUUGCAGAAGCGCGGGACGUGGCCUUGCAAGAUCUUGACUUCGAAGUGGCUGCGGUGGUAGCCCAGAGCUCGACUGUGGAUGUUGAGGCCUACGUCAAUGAGCGUCGGCAGCAGAUAGCGGCUGACUUUGCUCGCGAGCAAAAGGAUGCCCGCUUCAAUCUCGGCAACGACUUCUGGCGCAACGAGCCUAAUAUCGCACCACUUGCCGGCGCUCUAGCUACGUGGGGGCUCACCAUCGAUGAUCUAGAUGUGGCAUCCUUCCAUGGCACGUCGACCGUGAUGAACGACAAGAAUGAAUCCAGUGUCAUUCACCAACAGCUGAGCUCAAUGGGUCGACGAAAAGGCAACCUCAUUCUCAGUGUCUUUCAAAAGUCCCUGACCGGUCACUCCAAGGGCGCUGCGGGUGCCUGGAUGCUCAAUGGAGCCCUCCAAAUGCUCGACUCGGGAUUGGUCCCGGGUAACCGCAACGCUGAUAAUAUCGAUCCAAAGCUCGAGGAGUUUGCUGAUCUGAUCGCCUAUGUGCAGCGGCCGAUCCGCGUUCCUGAUAUCAAGGCCGUCUCCGUCACCUCCUUUGGUUUUGGUCAGAAGGGAGCGCAAGCUCUCUGUGUCCAUCCCCGGUAUCUCUUCGCCACUCUAGGCCCGGAAGAGUACCAUGCUUAUCUCGACCGCUGCACUAAGCGCAAAAGCAAGGCAGAUAUGUUCUUCUACCAGGGAAUGAAUGGAAAUUCACUCUUCCGUGCCAAAUCUGCGCCGCCAUUUGCCCCGUCUGAGGAGACGAAGACGUACCUUGACCCAACUGUCCGAUUUACGUGUUAA